CAAUUUAAUGCCUCCACCACUGCCCAACUGCUUCUCCUAACUAAUUUAUAUCCACAUUUGUCUAUAAGAAUCCCAGCCAAUACCAUCAAAUUUCUCAUGAACACAACCCCGUCGGCUAUCUUUAAUUAAUUCUUGUUCCUUUGCUUCUCACUCUGUCACGAUAGUUAUGGCUGCCACCGUCGAUGAGGUGACCGCAAAGGCUCAGACGCUCGAGAUAGAACCCAAGACCGGGCCAACGGUAGUGCAGGCAGAGGCAGUCGGAACUGAAUCCAAGAACGAUACUAAACUCAAGGGGCGUAAUGCACAGAAAGAGGAGGUCGAACCCAAAACCGGUGUUUCCUUUCCAGUCCAACUGGACGACGGGAAGCAGCUGAGCACGGUUGGCGUGAGAAAGAAGAGCAUUCUUGGCAUCACCAUCAAAGUCUACGGCUUCGGGCUUUACACAGAUAAUGAAGCCAUGAAACAUCUAAUGAAGUCGAAGAUUGGGAAGGCACCAGCAGGCAAAGCCACCAAAGAGAUGUAUCAGUUAGCGAUUGACAGUGACGUGGAAAUCAUGGUAAGGCUGGUAAUCGUCUUUCCUGGGCUCACCAUGAAUAUAGUAAGAAAGAGCUUUGACGAAAAUCUUGGAGCGUCUAUCAAGAAGAUCACCGGUCAAAAGAAUGAGGAACUGCUGAAGAAGAUCAUGGGCCAGGCAACAGAUAAUAUCAAGCUACCAGCUGGUUCCGUGAUUGAGAUCACAAGGCUGCCCGGCUACACCCUCCAAACAAAAGUAAGGGAUGAGGUGGUGAGCAAGGUGGACAGUGAAUUGCUGUGCAGGGCCUACAUCAACAUGUACCUGGGCGAUGAUGUCUUGGACAAUGAAGCCAAAGAAAGAUUUGGAAAGUUUAUGCUUUCACUCUUUUAAGUUAAAACAUAUUAAAGCCACACGCACUUGGCAAAAAUAAAUAAGGCUAAAAUGCUAUUUUCUAGCCAUGGUGGCGGCUCAUAAAUUAUGGAUACCACCAUAUCUUCUCAUGUAUUUAAUUAAUAUUUUAAGUCAGUCAGUUAUCUUCUUGAUUCGACCAAAACAAGACAAUUUGUAGCUCUUCCAUGGAAAUCCUGAAUGAACUCGUGGUGUCAUGGUUUGCAAUU